UCGUCUUCGGCAUCGUACUGAUCUACCUGCUGUGGCAGAAGUUUGUCGAUUCGCCGACGCGUAUGACGAUUGCGUCCGAGAUGAAGAUCGUACAAGUUCCCUUUCCCGGCAUAACCCUGUGCCAUCCCCAGAGUGUGGUCGACUAUAAGGCGGAACGAUUCGUAGAAAAGAUGUGAGGAGGAGUGAAGCUGCUCGGAAAAUGUGACACAGGAGGGCUAAUUCUAUACUUGCUGGCUUAAUGUUUCUCCGCACAUCUAGCAAACUGCCUCUCGGUGCGACGAAAGAAUCGGUGCUCAAAAAUCUACCUUCGCUGGGCUAUUUCACCGAGCAUCAGUGGACCUUUCCCAGGCCGCAAGACUUGCGGAUGAUUGACAACGUGCUGCAGCUGAACAACUACACCAUCGAGCAGGCCAUCGAUGAGCUGGGCAUGAUUUGUGAGGAUUUCAUACUGGUGUGCUACUGGGCGGGCAAGCAGUUCCCCUGCUUUGCCAAACACGCAUUCCUCGGGUGGAUAGGUUCCACGAGCCAUUACGGUGCAUGCUGCUCCUUCAACUAUCACCCCAACGUGCGCGGAAACAAGGACCCGUUCGUUGUCAAUACGUACGGCAUGCACGGGGGCCUGAGCGUCAUCGGCACCGGCUACCCGCAGGCAUCGGACGGCAAAUCUGGGGCACUCUACUCGGAAGGCUUUAUGCUCAUGAUACACCAUCCGCACGAUUUCGCCGUCGAGGCGUCUCCACUUACCUUGAUACGCUUGGGUAAGGAGACGUUCGUUAAUGUUCUACCGACGGACUCGCGCUGCUCGGAGCAGGUCCUAGCACUACCGCAAAGCCAGCGAGAUUGUAUCGUCGGGAGCGACUUCACUCCGCCGAUCGAAAGGUACCGCCAGCCAGCAUGCACGCUCGAAUGCUUGCGGAACGAGGUGCACCGCAAGUGCGGAUGCCAUCCGUUCCAUCUGCCCCGACCGAUGGUCGGUCCUAAUGGGCAGGGUAUUAGAAACUGCACUGUCUACGAUUCGAUGUGUUUUGUAGAAAAUUACUAUAUGUUUAAAAGAUUGCAAUGCAAUUGCCUACCGUCGUGCAGUGAUGUGACUUACAAAACGGCCUCGAUUGUUUCCAACUUUUCUGCCUACAACUUUUCGAUUAAUCCGUUUUAUAAAGAAACGAAUCUCACCGAUUUUGAGUUCAUUUUCCACAUCUUUAUGAGCAAUCAGGUCGUGGCAGCCAACAGAAGAAUUGUCGUUGUGUCGUGGAUUUCGCUUCUGUCCAAUCUUGGUGGAGCAUUCAGCUUGUGUCUUGGCAUUAGCGUUCUCUCCUUGUUUGAAGUGUUGUUUUUCUCUAUUUUUCGGUUGAGAAAAAGGUAUCAUAAACUAAAGCAGCGCCAGGAGCAGCAGAUCAAGCUUGUUGCUCCCUUCGCACGGUUGCAGAAAUUUUGAACUCAGGGAUUUGUUUUGUGACGGUCUUAAUACAAUGUUUUGUUUGUUUGUUUGUUAUUUUGCAAAUAAUGAUUCAACAGUUUUUGUUUAUGUUUUGAUUGUACUAGUAUUAACUUUUAUUUUGUGUUACAAUUUUCGUCGUGGUAAGAAAUUAUACCAGCAAAAUUCAUGCAUCGCACCAAUGCUACUAAUUUCACACUACACACUUUAUAUGACGAGGUAGAAGUAUUUAUCAUUGCAUAUCGAUUAACAAUUCUUGCUUGGAAAGAAACACAAACGAACAUGCUUUGUAGUGAUUGUUGUGUGGUGUUGUAAUUUUUAUUGUUGAAUAAUUUGUUUUACGUCUGUCAAAUAACUACAUGCUUUCACGUCACUAACAAACUAGUUUAAAAAAAAUUAUAAUCCUAAACUAAACGAUCGAUUUCCGGUACGGAAGUUUAAACUGUGAAAAUCAAAACAAGGACCAGUGAUGUGUACAACGGCUAGCUAGAAUAUCUUCGGCAGUUGCAAGCUCUCUGACCUUUUCCAUGGGACAUCAGCUAUCAAACACAUCCCCCUAUGGGUGUUUUAAUUUUGUGCUGCAAGGUGCACCAACAUGUUUUUAUUAUCGUCCAUUUGGUUCAGUUUCGAUUUUCAAUUUGUAGGGAUUUAUUAUUAUUUUUUUUUGCAAAUAGUUCUUUUUUUUCAUGCAUUUCGCAUACUAAAUCUAAUGAAGUACACCAAUUAAGAUUUCGGUUUUAGUUUUUUUGUUUUGCUUUUGGUUUCUGGUUGCCUACAGUAAUGAAUAGGUUUGGAUUUAAAUAAAUUAUCCAAAUCAGGAUACGCUUUUCUCACUAAUACGGCUCGUUAGUUUUUUUUUUCAUUUCUUCGCGUACAAAACUUCUCCUAACUUAUCGUUGCCGUCUUAAAUCGUCGUUGCAAUUAUUCUCUCAAAUCGCUCACUGGUAUCUUCAUACGAUCAAGACAUUAUUAGAACAAUGGAACAAUGGCCAGCAAAACACAAAAUUUUGUGCAAAAUUGAUCCAUUAUUCAUGCCACUGGCAGUGGGGCGAGGAUUGACACUUGAUGGUAGGUAUGUCGUCUACAGCAGCAUUGCUUCAAAACCCUUUUCACACAUUACCCUUACUGUGUUUGUUGUAAGGUGCCGUUUUUUAGAUUUCUUCACUCAGUUCUCUUCUUCACUCUUACGUAAAAUGUCGACAUUCAAGAUGCAAUAAAUAGUGAUGGGGUGUGAUCGGAUCCGUAUGCUGUUACUGAAAGAAAAGUGUGUAAAAAGUAAAUAAAAACAAACCGUGAUUAGAACAGUGCAUUAAAAUCAUGAACAGGCGCCUGCAUCCGUUAUCAGCGGACUGAUUGUCUGCCUCGUUAACUUCACUCACAAUCCAAAACUAAGUUGCUGUCUCGUUAUUCAAGGUCAAGGUCAUUCAGCGACAAUCACAUGGUGUUGGGUUAUACGCUUGAUACUCACAUAAUACUUUCAAUAGCCAAGCUGCUAGCAACGCGCACGCUUCUUGCCGAUAGAAGGAAAACGUGCGAUAGCGUGAGAUGGUGUAGGCUGAUUUUCUUUUCUUCCUCGUUGUAGCGGUAUACCCCCCUCCCGAAAUAGAUCACACGACAGCAAACAUCUUUCGGUUGUUGUUUUGUUGUUUGUUUAAUAAGACCGAAUGGCUGGCGGCACGGUAGCACAUUCCUCGCUGAGCGUUUCGUCAAUGACCGGACGGUAGUCGAUGGUGACGUUACCGGUGGCUGGAUCGAUCCACGUCAGCGUAUGUUUACGCCAGUGCUCUUCCACCGGCUUCUUCUGCUGUCCCUCGAGCGGCUUGCUAAAGUCCUGUUGUGGCAGAAACACGAGCGAAAAAGGAACAAAUUGUAAGAAAACAUUACGUCGCAGAUAAAAAAAAAGUGUAAAAACAAAACAAACAUCAUGCGUCGGUAACGCCCAAUUUCUACCGGUGGUGAAAUUCGUGUGUUGUGACGACAUCAUGUCUCAUUUUCACCGAUAACAAGUACCGGUAUGGAAGGUGUAAUUACGAACCAAAUGAAAUGCGUCUUAUGAUAACGUAAUAAAAAUUUUUAACCUUUGAGUA